UGCUGCAGGAGGACAAACCUUUCAUUCUCCCUCCAUCUCCCCUGCUCCACCUCCCCCUCAUUGUGCUGCUUCUUCAGACGCGUGUGUGUGUGUGUGUGUAUAUGUGUGUGUGUGUGUGAGCGGAGGAUGGGUGGACUCCUGCACGAGGGGAAGGUGUGAUAUGUGAAGACGUUGACAGAUGGAUAAAUGGAGAGAAAACAGAAGCGUGAUGCUGACUCAGCGCUUUGUGCUCUGGUGAAACAUUGGGAGACAGAGAGGGACUCGGACCUCUGUCACUGACCAACAGGAAGAGGAGAAGUCUCUGUUGGGACUACAGAUCUAGAAUCAUUCCUCUACAAUAAUAGAAGCUGUUGCGUUUUAAAACUCAGGUUUACUCAUCUGGAAACUUGAAAACUGGAACUCUCUGGACUCGUCUUACUCCGGUUGAAACUGGAGCUCCACCCUGCUGCAAGAAAGCAGAAACUCUCCCACAAACAAUUACAUUUCUCUGCUGAGCGUCUCCUCGAUGCCUCUGUGGACGCGUCUCUUCUAGAUAUUUCAUCAUGGAGCUCCAGAGCGCCACCGCCAGCCUCCCCGGCCCCCUUUCCCCCACUUUGGACUACCCCUUGUCCCCCUCGUCAGGAGACCCUCGCCCCAGCAGCCCUCUGAGGGGUCUGAGCCCCAGCCUCAGCCCCGGGUUCUCCACCACUGCUGCCUUCAACUACAACCAGCUGGAGGGCCGCUUCAAACAGCUGCAAGAUGAGCGUGAGGCGGUGCAGAAGAAGACCUUCACUAAGUGGGUGAACUCCCACCUGUCCAGGGUCUCCUGCAGGAUCACAGACCUGUACAUGGACCUGAGGGACGGGCGCUCGCUCAUCAAGCUGCUGGAGGUCCUGUCCGGAGAGAGGCUGCCCAAGCCCACCAAAGGCAGGAUGCGUAUCCACUGCCUGGAGAACGUGGACAAAGCGCUGCAGUUCCUGAAGGAGCAGAGGGUUCACCUGGAGAACAUGGGCUCUCACGACAUCGUGGACGGGAACCACCGCCUGGUGCUCGGCCUCAUCUGGACCAUCAUCCUGCGCUUCCAGAUCCAGGACAUCAGCGUGGAGACGGAGGACAACAAGGAGAAGAAGUCUGCUAAAGAUGCUCUGCUGCUCUGGUGUCAGAUGAAGACCGCAGGGUAUCCAAACGUCAACAUCCACAACUUCAGCACCAGCUGGAGGGACGGCAUGGCCUUCAACGCCCUCAUCCACAAACACAGACCCGACCUGAUCGACUUUGACAAGCUGAAGAAAUCAAACGCUCACCACAACUUGCAGAAUGCCUUCAACCUGGGCGAGCAACACCUGGGCCUCUACAAGCUGCUGGACGCAGAGGACAUCAGCGUGGACCACCCUGAUGAGAAGUCCAUCAUCACGUACGUGGUGACCUACUAUCACUACUUCUCCAAGAUGAAGGCGCUGAAGGUGGAGGGGAAGAGGAUCGGAAAGGUUCUGGACAACGCCAUCGAGACGGAGAAGAUGGUCGAGAAGUACGAGUCUCUGGCCUCAGACCUGCUGGAGUGGUGCGAGCAGACCAUCAUCAUCCUCAACAACAGGAAGUUCGCCAACUCUCUGGUGGGCGUCCAGCAGCAGCUGCAGGCCUUCAACACCUACCGGACCGCCGAGAAGCCCCCGAAGUUCACAGAGAAAGGAAACCUGGAGGUUCUUCUGUUCACCAUCCAGAGUAAAAUGAGAGCCAACAACCAGAAGGUGUACACUCCUCGAGAGGGGAAACUCAUCUCCGACAUCAACAAGGCGUGGGAGCGUCUGGAGAAGGCGGAGCACGAGCGGGAGCUGGCCCUGCGGACGGAGCUGAUUCGCCAGGAGAAACUGGAGCAGCUCGCCAGACGCUUCGACCGCAAAGCCGCCAUGAGAGAGACGUGGCUGAGCGAGAACCAGAGGCUCGUCUCACAGGAUAACUUUGGAUUUGACCUGCAGGCGGUAGAAGCUGCCACAAAGAAACAUGAAGCCAUAGAAACAGACAUCACCGCCUACGAGGAGCGAGUUGAGGCGGUGAUCUCGGUGGCGAGGGAGAUGGAGAGUGAGAAUUACCACGACAUCAAACGCAUCACGGCCAGGAAGGACAACGUGAUCCGGCUGUGGGAGUAUCUGCUGGAGCUGCUGAAGGCCCGCCGGCUGCGCCUCGAGAUGAACCUCGGGCUGCAGAGGGUCUUCCAGGAGAUGCUCUACAUCAUGGACUGGAUGGAUGAGAUGAAGAUGCUGCUCCUCUCCCAGGACUACGGGAAGCACCUCCUGGGGGUGGAGGACCUGCUGCAGAAACACGCUCUGGUGGAGGCCGACAUCGCCAUCCAGGCCGACCGCGUGAAGACCGUCAACCGCAACGCGCAGAAGUUCGCCGACGACAUGGAGGGCUAUAAGCCGUGCGACCCUCAGGUCAUCAGGGAUCGAGUGGCUCACAUGGACUUCUGCUACCAGGAGCUGAGUCAGCUGGCGUCGGAGCGGAGGGCUCGGCUCGACGAGUCGCGCCGCCUCUGGAAGUUCUUCUGGGAGAUGGCCGAAGAGGAGGGAUGGAUCAGGGAGAAGGAGCAGAUCCUCUCCUCCGAGGAUUAUGGGAAGGAUCUGACGGGAGCGCGGCGUCUGCUGAGUCAGCACAAAGCCUUCGAGGACGAGAUGAGCGGGCGCGCGGCCCACCUGCAGCAGACCAUCCGGGGGGGCGAGGAGCUGGUGGCCAACGACCACUUCGGAGCGGACAAGAUCAAAGAGCGCAUCCAAGACAUCCAGGAGCAGUGGGCGGCUCUGGAGCGUCUCUCUGCCGUCCGUAAGGCUCGUCUGCAGGAAGCCUGCAACCAGCACCAGUUCCAGGCGGAUGCGGACGACAUCGACACGUGGAUGCUGGACGUGCUGCGGAUCGUCUCCUCCGUGGACGUGGGCCACGACGAGUUCUCCGCCCAGGCUCUGGUGAAGAAACACAAGGACGUGGCGGAGGAGAUCGGCAGCUACCGGCCCGUCAUCGAGGCGCUGCACGAGCAGUCGCGCACGCUGCCGCCGGAGAAGGCCGACUCCGAGGAGGUGCAGAGCCGUCUGGCGGGCAUCGAGGAGCGCUACAAGGAGGUGGUGGAGCUGACGCGGCUCAGGAAGCAGGCGCUGCAGGACGCGCUCGCUCUCUACCGGAUGCUGAGCGAGGCCAGCGCCUGCGAGGUGUGGAUCGACGAGAAGGAGCAGUGGCUCAACAGCAUGGACAUCCCCGAGAAGCUGGAGGACCUGGAGGUGGUGCAGCACCGGUUUGAGAGUUUGGAGCCGGAGAUGAACAACCAGGCGUCUCGAGUUGCCGUGGUGAACCAGGUUGCCCGGCAACUGAUCCACAGCGUACACCCCAGUGAGAAGGAGAUCAAAGCCAAGCAGGACAAACUCAACACCAGGUGGAGUGCGUUCAGGGACCUGGUGGAUCUGAAGAAGGACAGCCUGAGCUCGGCUCUGGGCGUCCAGAACUAUCACCUGGAGUGCAACGAGACCAAGUCCUGGAUCAAGGAGAAGACCAAGUUGAUCGAGUCGACCCAGGAGCUGGGGAACGACCUGGCGGGCGUCAUGGCGCUGCAGAGGAAGCUGACGGGGAUGGAGAGGGACCUCGCCGCCAUCGAGGACAAACUGGGGGACCUGGGGAAGGAGGCGGAACGACUGGCCUCCGAACACCCGGAGCAGUCUGAGGCCAUCAAGGGCCGGCUGGACGGCAUCACCAGCGUCUGGGACGAGAUGAAGGACACCAUGAAGAACCGCGAGGAGUCCCUGGGCGAGGCCAGCAAGCUGCAGCAGUUCCUGCGCGACGUGGACGACUUCCAGUCCUGGCUGUCCCGCACGCAGACGGCCAUCGCCUCCGAGGACAUGCCCAACACGCUGACCGAGGCCGAGAAGCUGCUGACUCAGCACGAGAACAUCAAGAACGAGAUCCGCAACUACGAGGAGGACUACCAGAAGAUGCGGGACAUGGGCGAGAUGGUGACGCAGGGCCAGACGGACGCGCAGCACAUGUUCCUCCGGCAGAGGCUGCAGGCGCUCGACACCGGCUGGAACGAGCUGCACAAGAUGUGGGAGAACCGGCAGAACCUGCUGUCCCAGAGCCACGCCUACCAGCUGUUCCUCAGGGACACCAAGCAGGCCGAGGCCUUCCUCAACAACCAGGAGUACGUGCUGGCCCACACGGAGAUGCCCACCACGCUGCAGGGCGCCGAGGCGGCCAUCAAGAAGCAGGAGGACUUCAUGACCACGCUGGACGCCAACGAGGAGAAGAUCAGCGGCGUGAUGGACACCGGGCGCCGCCUGGUCGCCGACGGCAACAUCAACGCCGAGCGCAUCCAGGAGAAAGUGGACUCCAUCGACGACAGACACAAGAAGAACCGAGCGGCUGCCAGUGAGCUGCUGGCGAGGCUGAAGGACAACAGAGACCUGCAGAGGUUCCUGCAGGACUGCCAGGAGCUGUCCCUGUGGAUCAACGAGAAGAUGCUGACGGCUCAGGACAUGUCGUACGACGAGGCCAGGAACCUGCACAGCAAGUGGCUGAAACACCAGGCCUUCAUGGCCGAGCUGCAGUCCAACAAGGAGUGGCUGGACAAGAUCGACAAGGACGGGAAGGCUCUGAUGGCGGAGAAGCCGGAGACUGGGGCCAUGGUGCAGGAGAAGCUGGCGUCCCUGGUGAAGAUGUGGGAGGAUCUGGAGUCCACCACGCAGACCAAAGCCAAGUGUCUGUUCGACGCCAACAAGGCGGAGCUGUUCACGCAGAGCUGCGCCGACCUGGACAAGUGGCUCGCCGGCAUGGACGGGCAGCUGCAGUCCGACGACUACGGGAAGGACCUGACCUCCGUCAACAUCCUGCUGAAGAAGCAGCAGAUCCUGGAGAGCCAGGUGGAGGUGCGUCAGAAGGAGGUGGGGGAGCUGCAGCACCAGAGCCAGGCGCUCAGUCAGGAGGGGAAGGGCUCGGAGGAGGUGGACGGCCAGAGGAUCAGCGUGGAGACCAAGCUGCAGGCCAUGCAGGCGCCGCUGCAGCAGAGGAGAGAGAACCUGAUGUCCUCCAGGGAAAUCCACCAGUUCAACAGAGACGUGGAGGACGAGAUCCUGUGGGUGGAGGAGAGGAUGCCUCUGGCCACGUCCACCGACCACGGCAACAACCUGCAGACCGUACAGCUGCUCAUCAAGAAGAACCAGACCCUGCAGAAGGAGAUCCAGGGUCACCAGCCGCGCUUCGACGACAUCUUCGAGCGCAGCCAGCACGCGCUGCGGGGGGGCAGCCCGACCGCCCAGCUGAUCCAGCAGCGCCUCGCCGAGCUGCAGGCGCUGUGGGAGCAGAUCCAGAAGGAGACGGAGAAGAGACACACGCGGCUCAGCGAGGCUCACGAGGCGCAGCAGUACUACUUCGACGCCGCCGAGGCCGAGGCCUGGAUGAGCGAGCAGGAGCUCUACAUGAUGUCAGAGGAGAAGGCCAAGGACGAGCAGAGUUCUGUGGCCAUGCUGAAGAAGCAUCAGAUCCUGGAGCAGGCGGUGGAGGAUUACGCUGAGACCGUGCACCAGCUGUCGGGCACCAGCCGCGGCCUGGUGGCUGCAGAGCACCCCGACAGUGAGCGUAUCGGCAUGCGUCAGUCUCAGGUGGAUAAGCUGUACGCCGGGCUGAAGGAUCUGUCGGAGGAGCGCCGGGGGAAACUGGACGAGCGCCUGCGUCUCUUCCAGCUGAACCGAGAGGUGGACGACCUGGAGCAGUGGAUCGCUGAGAGGGAGGUGGUGGCCGGGUCCCACGAGCUGGGCCAGGACUACGAGCACGUCACCAUGCUGCAGGAGCGCUUCAGAGAGUUCGCCCGCGACACAGGGAACAUCGGGCAGGAGCGCGUGGACACGGUGAACCAGCAGGCGGACGAUCUGAUCAACACGGGCCACGGAGACGCCGCCACCAUCGCAGAGUGGAAGGACGGGCUGAACGAGGCGUGGGCCGACCUGCUGGAGCUCAUCGACACGCGCACGCAGAUCCUCGCCGCCUCCUUCGAGCUGCACAAGUUCUACCACGACGCCAAGGAGAUCCUCCACCGCAUCCUGGACAAACACAAGAAGCUGCCCGAGGAGCUGGGCCGCGACCAGAACACGGUGGAGACGCUGCAGAGGAUGCACACCACCUUCGAACACGACAUCCAGGCGCUGGGGACACAGGUGCGGCAGCUGCAGGAGGACGCCGUCCGUCUGCAGUCGGCUUACGCCGGAGACAAAGCCGACGACAUCCAGAAGAGAGAAGGAGAGGUGCUGGAGGCCUGGAAGAGCUUGCUGGAGGCGGCGGAGGGCCGGCGGGCGAAGCUGGUGGAGACCGGAGACAAGUUCCGCUUCUUCAGCAUGGUGCGAGACCUGAUGCUGUGGAUGGAGGACACGAUCCGCCUGAUCGAAGCCCAGGAGAAACCCCGGGACGUGUCGUCUGUGGAGCUGCUGAUGAACAACCAUCAGGGCAUCAAGGCGGAGAUCGACACCCGAAACGACAGCUUCACGUCCUGCAUCGAGCUUGGGAAAGCUCUGCUGGCCAGGAAGCACUACGCUGCAGAGGAGAUUAAAGAAAAGUUGUUACAGUUGACGGACAAGAGGAAAGACAUGAUUGACAAGUGGGAGGACAGAUGGGAGUGGCUGAGACUGGUCCUGGAGGUGCACCAGUUCUCCCGGGAUGCGGGCGUGGCCGAGGCCUGGCUGCUGGGGCAGGACCCCUACCUCUGCAGCAGGGAGAUCGGGCUGAACGUGGACGAGGUCGAGAAGCUCAUCAAACGCCACGAGGCCUUCGAGAAGUCGGCCGCCACCUGGGAGGAACGCUUCUCCGCUCUGGAGAGGCUGACCACGAUGGAGUUAUUGGAAGUGAGAAGAAUGCAGGAGGAAGAAGAGAAGAGGAGGCAGUCCCCCCUGACUGAGGCUCAGCCCGGAGACGCUCAGAUCAGGGAGGGAGAGCCGGUGUCUCAGAACGGGCUGCCGUCAGACCAGGAGUCUCCCAGGGAUGGGACCGCUGAAGGUGGAGAGGUGGUGAAUGGAGUGUCGGAGCCCAGCCCUACGGGGUCUCCCGGGGGCGUUCGCAAGGGCAAGAGCAGCCAGGCGGCAACGCUGCCGGCGAAGACCCAGCAGGACGCCCCCCCCUCCCAACUGGAAGCAUUCCUGCACCGCAAACACGAGUGGGAGGGGCACAACAAGAAGGCUUCAAGCAGGUCGUGGCACAACGUGUACUGUGUGAUAAACCAGCAGGAGAUGGGCUUCUAUAAGGACCAGAAGAGCGCGGCUCAGGGCAUCCCGUACCACAGCGAGAUCCCCGUCACUCUGAAGGAGGCCGCCUGCGAGGUGGCGCUCGACUACAAGAAGAAGAAACACGUCUUCAAACUCAAGAUUACUGAUGGGAAUGAGUAUCUCUUCCAAGCCAAAGACGAGGAGGAGAUGAGCACGUGGAUAUCGGCCAUCGCGUCGGCCAUGACGGUUGAGAGUUCGGAGGUCACGCCCAGCAGCACCAGCACGCCCGCACCCCCCGCACGCGCUCAGACGCUGCCCGCCUCCGUCGCCACGGUGACCGCCGCCACCACCGCAGAGUCCAGCCCGGGGAAACGAGAGAAAGACAAGGAGAAGCGCUUCAGUCUGUUCAGCAAGAAGAAAUAGAUGCUCCUACUUCCUAAGUCCUACUUCCUACUUCCUUCUCUUUCCUCCUCUUCCUUCCUCUGGUGCUGUUUGGGGUUCCUUCUCAUUAUCCGUCAAUCAAAUAUUCGUGGAAGAUAUUAGAUAUUAGGUCGUAGCAACUGAUUAAAACUAUUAUAAUAACUGCAAGGGUGUAAUGUCUGUUAAUGUGAUAUCAAAUAAUAAGGAAAAACAUGCUUUAUUAACAUGUUACUCAUUCAUCCGAACACUUACUAUAUAUACAGUUUGGCGUUCGCUCUUCAUUUUCGAUAUGUCAAAUAUUUGUUGAAGAUUUCCCGGUAAAUCUGUACAAAUUUGGAUUUUGGCAACUAGAUAUAUAACUAACCAAAAAUGUAAUUAAAUUGUAAUGUACUGUAAGGUAUGUGAAUGUAAUAACAUCAAAUGAUGACGAAGAAAACAUGCUUUAUUAAAAUGUAACUCAUGGAUGUAAACACUUCCUACAGCAGUUACAGUAACAACAGUUGCUACGUCAAGUAAAAUCCCAAACAGCCUCUCCUCCUCUUCCUCCUCCUCCUCUUCCUCUCUGAAAGCGUGACUCCAGCAUGCAAGCUCCGAGCCAAAACUCUCCACUCUGUGCCUAACAACCGUCGGUCCGGCUCAGAGCGACAGCUACAACACACACACACACACCUGUAUCCUCGGUUCACUUUUUGUAAGAUAUGGAGCAGGAUAAAAAAAGGAAAAAGGAAAUGCAUACAGAUUGGAUUGAAGGAAACCUAAUUUAAAAAUCAAAAAAGGGGUCUGCAAACGCUGCUGUCAUAAAGAUUAAAACCAGAGUUUGCCGCUGAACAACAACACUUGAGGAGUUCCCAGAAUAUUCCUGUUUUAUUAUCCUUAAUGCUAUUAUUUGUGUUUCCUAUCUCCUCUCCGCUUUCUCAUCACUCCCGGCUUUUCGUCGACUACUGCCUUGUGUGGGUUGUGUUUACGCUCCAAGCUUGUUUUUUUCUUUUGGGAAGUUGUAGGUAGUUCCUGUUUUAGGCUCCAUCCUCAGUUUUUGCGAGGCCUUGUCUUUGCAAGAUGACGUGUAUCCCUCUGUCGUGGGGAAAACUGAGACCACAGCGGGGUAAACCUCUGAAAUUACACCCUUUUUUUUCCAGCUGAAAUGUCCAAAAUGAUGUAAAGAUAUCCCAACACAUGCUGACAGUUAAACGCUAUUUGAAGUAUAAAACAAAAGGUGCACUAAAUUGAAUUUUGUGCACUGAGUAAUUGAGCUUAAAUGUGUGCAAUAAACCUGUGAAAAGCGAAUUAUCAUCGUUGUGCUCUGCUCAGUUCCUGGUGCGGUCUAUUUCUUGCAGACAGAAAAAGAAGUGGCUGUAAUUUAGAGCGUUACCCUGCGGUGCUUUGAACUGUAUGUAUAACUUGUGUAUAACAAACUGUUAAAAAAAAUAAACCUGUGUUUUAAUUUCA